AUGACAGGAAGCAGGAAUAUGAUUUCCUGUAUGAAAAUUUUGACUUAUUUUCUCUUAGCAUGGUCGUCGCAAUAUGUGUGUAACGCAUCAAAGUCCUUAUAUAAUGCAUCAUGUCAUAAAUGCAACAACAGAUUAUUGAGCCAAUGCAUAAUAUAUCCAAGAACAGAUGAGGCACCUAGGAGAUCUAGAAUUGGCGGUGACCACCAAGAUUAUCAACUUCCUAAUAUGUCAAGAAGAACGAAUAGUUCUGUACAGGAUGCUCACUUUGAAAGUCGUUUUCACGCAUUAUCAUCUGAAGAUAAUUUAAAGAGUGGCUUUAAUUCUAUGAUACACGAUGGCAAUAUUCAUAAACGAUUUAAUGCAAUAAUGCAUGAAGAAGGUUAUCCAAGCAUACCUCGCCAUUCAUAUAGGAAUAAUGCGUAUUAUGCAAGAGGACCUGGAACGAGAGGUGGUAAACAUUAUGAUGAUUAUGGCAGACGAAGGUCGGAUGACGAUGGUCAUUACAAAAAUCAGAGUGACCUUGAGUUUGCUGUCGAGUCAUUAAUGUAUGAUCAACAUUCAGGAACAAGAGAUUACUUAUCAUGUGGAGGUCAUUACAUGAAUAUGGGACACCCUUCUUGUAGUCGAUCAGACUGUAUAUCACGUCCUCAUGUGUCUGAAUAUGUAUCCGAUAAUUUUGAUAGACAAGCUCAUCAUUAUCAACGGAAUACAGAAGGUCACCACACCCCGUGUAAUUUUAACACCUUUGAUAUUACUGUGAACACCCACCUGCCACGUUUUGAUUGUGGCGGACCAAUGGAAGAACAUGAAAUAAAAUGCAUAUUGCAAAAAAAAAAAUUAAACAAAAGUGCCCCCGAAUCCAUAUUAGAAAAUUUUAUUAAAUUCAUAAAAAAAUCAGAUGCAAUUUAUGAAACUGAAAUAUUAAGUAUAAUUACAGGUACUAGUUGUGCAUAUGAUGGCCAGCAUCUCGAACAAAAAAAAAAUAAAGGAUUAAGACACAUGCUUAAGGAUAAAUUAUUCAUUAUUUCCCCAAUUAUAUCAGUUUCUGUCUUUUUGAUUUUGUUCGCUUUGUUAAAUGUAAUAUCUGGUGUUGUCAUAACAUCUAUGAUACUCAGUGCAACCAUUGCAUAUGUAUGGUACAAAUAUAAGAAGUGCAAACGUAUAAAUAAAAUAUACGGAGUUUAUGACGAGCAGAAAUUAAUGGAGCUCAGUACAGAACGCAAAAAUUGA